CUCCCUACCUGGGGCUCUGAGAAAGAUGGGAUCUGCCACGAGUCUGCUGCCACCACCUAAGGAUACAGAAGAUGCUGUAGGGGCCCAAGGUGCCCAGGGAGAGACGCCAGCCAGCAAAGUGCAAUAGCAGAUAUGGUGAUGAGGCUGCCUGUCCUCUGGAGGUGUUGGAAGAGAAGGGGAGUCUGGUGCACGUCGACUGGAGGCCUCCUGGACUGGCUUUGAACUCACGUCCUCAUGGAUAUUUCUGUAAAUGAGCGGCUCCUAGGGUCAGAGUGGCAUUUGGAGAGCGAGACUGGAUUGGCUUAGGCUGGCCUGGGCAGGGAGUGCCACUUCCUGGGCUAGAGACAAGCACCGGCCUGCAGUGAGGAGCUUGGGGCCCAGCUGCCCGGAGGACGGCCAAGGCCUGGGAGGACUGGCCGGGGAAGGUGCCCAGUCUUCCCUCUCCUCGGUACCUGAGAGCUCUGCCCACUGAAGGGUGAGGAGACUGAAGAAAAAGGAGGCGGGGAAGGCAACCCAGAGGCACCAUGUUCCGCAAGAAAAAAAAGAAACGCCCUGAGAUCUCGGCCCCACAGAACUUCCAACAUCGCGUCCACACCUCCUUUGACCCCAAAGAAGGCAAGUUCGUGGGCCUCCCCCCACAAUGGCAGAACAUCCUGGACACACUGCGGCGACCCAAGCCCGUGGUAGACCCUUCACGCAUCACCCGGGUGCAGCUUCAGCCCAUGAAGACAGUGGUGCGUGGCAGCGCGGCGCCCACGGAUGGCUACAUCUCGGGGCUGCUCAAUGACAUCCAGAAGUUGUCGGUCAUCAGCUCCAACACCCUGCGCGGCCGCAGCCCCACCAGCCGGCGGCGGGCACAGUCCUUGGGGCUGCUGGGGGAUGAGCAGUGGGCUGCAGACCCGGACAUGUACCUGCAGAGCCCCAAGUCUGAGCGCACUGACCCCCACGGCCUCUACCUCAGCUGCAAUGGGGGCGCACCAGCAGGCCACAGGCAGGUGCCAUGGCCCGAGCCGCAGAGCCCACGGGUCCUGCCCAAUGGGCUGGCCACCAAGGCACAGUCCCUGGGCCCCACCGAGUUCCAGGGUGCCACACAGCGCUGCCUGCAGCUGGGAACCUGCCUGCAGAGAUCCCCACCUGGCACCUCCCCACCCACAGCCACGGGCAGGCGUGGGACCAAGACUGUGAGGCAUGGCUCCGAGGAGGCCCGGCCACAGUCCUGCCUGGUGGGCUCGGCCACAGGCAGGCCGGGUGGGGAGGGCAGCCCCAGCCCUAAGAGCCAGGAGAACAGCCUGAAGCGCAGGCUGUUCCGAAGCAUGUUCCUGUCUGCUUCUGCCACGGCCCCUCCAAGCAGCAGUAAGCCAGGCCCUCAACCACAGAGCAAGCCCAAUUCCUCUUUCAGACCACCACAGAAAGACUGCCCCCCAAACCUGGUGGCGAAGGCCCAGUCCUUGCCCUCAGACCAGCAUGUGGGCACCUUCAACCCUCUGACCACCUCGGAUACCAGCAGCCCCCAGAAGUCCUUCCGCACAGCCCCAGCUGCCGGCCCUCCUCCAGGCCGGUCUUCCCCAGCGGGCUCCCCCCGUACACGGCAUGCCCAGAUCAGCACCAGCAACCUGUACCUGCCCCAGGACCCUGCGGUGGCCAAGGGUGCCCUGGCUAGUGAGGACACGGGUGUUGUGACUCAUGAGCAGUUCAAGGCUGCGCUCAGGAUGGUGGUGGACCAGGGUGACCCCCGGCUACUGCUGGACAGUUACGUGAAGAUUGGCGAAGGCUCCACCGGCAUUGUCUGCCUGGCCCGGGAAAAGCACUCCGGCCGCCAGGUGGCCGUCAAGAUGAUGGACCUCAGGAAGCAGCAGCGCAGGGAGCUGCUCUUUAACGAGGUGGUGAUCAUGCGGGACUACCAGCACCUCAAUGUGGUGGAGAUGUACAAGAGCUACCUGGUGGGCGAGGAGCUGUGGGUGCUUAUGGAGUUCCUGCAGGGUGGGGCCCUCACGGACAUCAUCUCUCAAGUCAGGCUGAAUGAGGAGCAGAUCGCCACUGUGUGUGAGGCCGUGCUGCAGGCCCUGGCUUACCUGCACACCCAGGGGGUCAUCCACCGGGACAUCAAGAGCGACUCCAUCCUGCUGACCCUCGAUGGCAGGGUGAAACUCUCAGACUUUGGAUUCUGUGCGCAAAUCAGCAAAGAUGUCCCUAAGAGGAAGUCCCUGGUGGGAACCCCCUACUGGAUGGCUCCUGAAGUGAUCUCCAGGUCUCUGUAUGCGACCGAGGUGGAUAUCUGGUCUCUGGGCAUCAUGGUGAUUGAGAUGGUGGAUGGAGAGCCACCCUACUUCAGUGACUCCCCAGUGCAAGCCAUGAAGAGGCUCCGGGACAGCCCCCCGCCCAGGCUGAAGAAUUCUCACAAGGUCUCCCCAGUGCUACGAGACUUCCUGGAACGGAUGCUGGUGCGGGACCCCCAGGAGAGAGCCACGGCCCAGGAGCUCCUGGACCACCCGUUCCUGCUGCAGACAGGGCUGCCUGAAUGUCUGGUGCCUCUGAUCCAGCUCUACCGCAAGCAGACCUCCACCUGCUGAGCCCGACCCUAGAGUGCACCUGCUACCUGUGCCCACAGGCAGGGGACACUGGGCCGCCAGCUUGCAACAGGGCCUGCCUGCCUGCCUCAUUCUCUCAGUAUUCUCUCCAAAGAUUGAAUGUGAAGCCCCACCCCCACCCUCCUGCCCCUCCGCCCACUGGGCCAGGCCGGACCUGCCCCUUGGUCUCUCUCCCUCCGAAGAGUCCCUAGUUGCCUUUGGGAUGAUGGAGACCCCUUCUGCAGGGUGACCCUUUGUUAUCUGUACAGGGAGAUUUCUAAGAAAUAUGGAGACUAGUGUUUUUGGCCACUGUGGCCAAUACAGCAGAAAAGGCUGCUGUGGUUUUUUAAAGGUAGUUGUACAUGAGCAUCCGAGGCCACCCAGGAAGGAGACUGCCCAUCUUCCCCAGGACGCUUGCUGUCCUCAGCUCCAGUUCCAAACCCUGGGGCCUGAGAGGGCCACAGGGAAGGUCUUGAUUGCCUGAAUCGUCUUCCUCCCUUAUGUCUGGCUUCCUGAAGGCACAGUCCCACGUGCACCUGUUUCCUGACCCACCAAGCUGACAACACUGUCCCUGCACAGCCCCUGCCCAGCUGUGGACAGACUGCUCGGAGGCCAUGGUGGCAGGGAGGGCAUUUUCUGGGUGAAAAAGGAAGAAGGCAGUUGGUGGUAAAGGUGGUCUCACUGUACAGGGUGUGUUGCUUGUUUUUGUGCCGAUGUGUGUGUAAGUAGAGGAAGGGGUUGCCCCGACAGCCUGGCUCCCUUCAGGUCAUCGUGGCUGGCUCCAGUAAGGCUUCUCCAUCCUCUCUCCCACUAAGUUCUGCUCUGAAGGGACCUGCUUUCUUGGCCUGGCUUCCCGCAUCUUAAGUCCUGGGUUUCUGUCUGACCAGUGAAGAGAUCUGUAUUGAGUCUGACACAUCCUGGGGGCUUGGCAGGUUUCCGAGUUCCUCCUGCACUGUGGAGUCUGAGAGCCAGAGAUCAGAAUGGUGAGGGAACAAACUUUGUUUUACCUGUGAGCUUCAUCUCAAAAACCAGGUCAUCAGGGACCCAUUCUUUUCAAAAUCCUGGUCUGAGGGAGGUGAACCAGCUCCCAGGGUUCCAUCACCUUAAGAGAAUGGGCACCCAUUUGUGCAAACCACCUGCCCCUCGCUGCCUCCUCAGACACCUGUCUCCUUGUCCUCCUCCCCUCCCUACCAUCAGGGCUGCUGUGGGACAGGGAAUCCCAGGGAAGAACUCCAGGUGUCCGGACCCUAUCUAGAUAAUAUUUUUAGAUUCCUCUGCUCCCUAGUGACCUGCUUUAGGGCAGAAAAAAAAAAAAGCAAGGACUUUUUUUAAGGGUCAGAGUUUUAAAAACAAAAGCAUCUUCCCUAGAAAUUUUUGUGAAUUGUUUGCACUUGUGCCUGUUUUAAAUUAAACUGAGUGUUCAAAA